GGGGAGCUUUGCAGCUGUUCUCCGAAUGAAUACAGUCAAAUGCUACUAGCUAGUUAAUCCACUCACUGAGCCUGAACAGGAGCCACUAGCUGAGCAAACCAUGGGUUUGCUGUCGAUUCUGCGAAGACUGAAGCACUCUCCGGACCAGGAGGUGCGGUUACUGUUGCUAGGGCUGGACAAUGCUGGCAAGACCACCCUGCUUAAACAGCUGGCCUCAGAGGAUGUCAGCCACAUCACCCCUACUCAGGGAUUCAACAUAAAGAGCAUGCAGUCCCAGGGAUUUAAGCUAAAUGUUUGGGACAUUGGAGGCCAGCGCAAGAUCCGCCCGUACUGGAGGAACUACUUUGAGAACACAGACGUACUGAUCUAUGUGAUUGACAGUUCAGACAGGAAACGCUUUGAAGAGACCGGUCAGGAGCUAGCUGAGUUGAUGGAAGAAGAGAAGUUGAGCAUGGUGCCACUGUUGAUAUUUGCCAACAAGCAGGACUUGAUGACUGCGGCUCCUGCAUCAGAGCUAGCUGAGGGCCUCAACCUGCACACCAUCAGAGACCGGGUAUGGCAGAUCCAGGCCUGCUCUGCAAUUACCGCAGAGGGAGUACAGGAUGGCAUGACAUGGGUGUGCAAGAAUAUAGCAGUUCGUAAGAAGUGACGCCAGGGGCAUACUUAUUCCCAAAGACUCAAACGAAGGGUAGGAGGUGAAAGGUGGAGUGGUGUUCAUUAUCAAAGCUUUUGACUUGCUGUCAUAAUAUGUUUUAAAAGUAUUGUGAUAUUUUUUUAUAUAGAUCAUGAGCCAGUUCAAUAGAGUAAAUACUUUAAAGGGAAACGUUCUGUAAUGUUGACAUUACCAGCAUUUUAUUAAUGCUUCUCGAGUUGUAUAUACUGUAUAUACGUUAUUAUUUAAACAUUUUAAUUAUUGAGAUAUUACUCACCUGUCAUUUCUGUGUGCUUACUUUUGCCACCUUUUUGUAAUAGUCAGGAGGCAUAUUAUGAAGAUAUCUACAUUAUGAAAGUCGUUUUUUAAGAAUGAACAGCUGAAUAGACUCUACCCACUGGGCACAGACAUCAGUUCCAACAUCUACUUUUGAUUUACAUUUGGUUGAGUUGUCAACUAACAUGAAU